GGUUUUUUUUUUUAAAAAAAAUAUACUGAUAUACAGUAUCUUUUGGUUCUGUUUUUUUUUCUUCUUGCUUCAAUCUGGGUGGAGCUACAUGAUUUUUUGUCGAAUUUUUUUGGUGCAAUUUUCUUGAGUUUCCAUGAAAUUACCCUUAUUUUUUUUGGGUUUUCUUGUAGAACUUGGAUUCUACUGUUGCAUUGAGAUGCUUUUUCGUGAUAUUUGUGUCUGAUAUGUUUGAAUUUUCACUCGGGUUGACCAUUGACCAAAGGUUCUCUUUUGCACACUCUUUCACACUCAAAUCUCCCAUUUUGGUCUGAGGGUUUUUGUUUUAACCUUGGUGGAAAUUUCGCUCCAUUAUCUUUGACCCUUUUUUUGGAUUGCUUAGAAACUCUUUGAACUAUUAAUAGUUCCCUUAUGCAAUAACCCUAUGUAAAAACUUGUAAAAUACAGAGUUAAUUUGUUUAUUUUCAAGUUUGUGGUUUCUGUUUUAUCUUAGUAAAAGAUAUUGCUUCACUAGCAUAGGUCAAAGAAAAUGGCGAUAAACAUGACAAAAAGCUUCUAGAGAGUGCAAUUAUUAUUAUUAUGAUAUUUUACUAUUUCAUCUUCUUAUUCUGUAUAAAAUGUAAAGAAAAAAAAGCAUUGCGAAGCUGAUAAAAACCACCAUGUGAUAUAGUUCACCAUGACAACACGGCAAUCUCAAGCUCAAGUUCAAGCCCACCUGCCUCCUCGAUGCCCGAUUCAAAAGCGACCCAUUAGCGCCCAAAUUCAAAACAACAACCCUUCCUCUCAACCCUUUGUGGAAGACCAUCCGGCGUGGCUUGAUGACUUGUUGAACGACCCUGAUUCAAAUUCUAAAGGAGGCUCCCUUCGUCGUUCAGUGAGUGACUCUGUGACCCUUUUGGCUCCCCACUAUGAUGAGGGGAAUUCAGUUGGUAACCCAGCUAAUAGUGGGUUGGACUCAACUUCUUAUAUGUAUGGUCCCAAUUCUCCUCGGCUAAGAAGCAGUUCUUCGUUUUCAGAAAAUGCCAUAGUCUCAGCAUUGUCUGAAUACGUUUCUCAUGAUUCUGGGGAGCAUAUAGAUGGUGGUGGUUGCGUUUCUGGUGCUAGGAGCAGUUCUAAUCUGUUUGAUAUGAACACAGAUGGUGCGCUCAAUGCGGAUGCAAAAACGGUGAAACGGCACCCUGGGCAGCGUUCAAGGAUUCGAAAGCUCCAGUAUAUUGCUGAACUUGAAAGAACAGUUGAUGUUUUGCAGACUUUAGAGUCAGAUUUGGCUUUUAGAGUUUCUUCUCUACUUCAACAACGCGUCGCUUUGUCCAUGGAAAACAACAAACUGAAGCAACAGUUAGCCAGAGUGCGGAAGGAAAAGUUGAUCGUGGAUGGUGAGUAUCAGGUACUGAGGAAGGAAGCCAAGAGAUUGAAGAGUGACUUAAUGAAUUCCAGUCACAGUCAAAUUCGAACAUGUUUCGUUCCAAAUCCACCAGCUGAGGCAGGUAGUUUAGAGGCCAUGCAAAUGGCUUUAGAUAUGGAGAAACUUAACCUUUACUGAAAGUGAAAGCGAAACCAAUUAGAAAAGAAACACAAAAGUCAUGGUUUUUGAAGCUGAUAGAUUCACCAUCUUGAAAGACUAUGCCAUUGUCUAAAGCCAGUUCAGCCAUGAAAAACAUGUGUUAGGUUAACAUUUAAUAAUUAUUACCUUGUCUUUUCUGCUUUGUAAGAGGAGGUAUUCUACUAACUUCUAUUUUAUUACAAAGAAAGAGGGAGCUGACUUCAUCUGUC